CGCAGGUUGGCCAGCCAGCGGUGGCGGCAGCGGCCGGGCUCCCGCUCGAAUUCCCGCGCGGGAGGCAGGGGCGGCGGCGGCAGCGGAAGCAGUCGGAGGAGCUGCUGGGCGAGGCCGGGCACCGGACUCCCCGUACCUUCUGGCUUUCGGGUGUCCCAGAGUAGAUUUGCAGAACAUAAAAGCAAGGAAUGUGGUUUAAUUCCAUUUGGUUAGAAGAAGCUCAAGUUUGCCUGCCUGCUCCUUCAUCUGCUGAAGCUGAACUUCUGAAGGACAAAUCAACUUUCACUGACAUGCUGCUUGGAGUCUUCAGCUGUUGCUCAUGUUGUGACCUGGACCCAAAGUCAUGAGCCUCCCUAGUUGAACCACCUCCCCUGCUGUUCCUGGCCCCUGCGUCUUGCUGUCAGAUGCCUUCAACACCAGAGCAGCCCUCUGGGCAACAGGAGGGACUCCCUGUGUCCGAACUGGUUCCGUGGCCCCCACUGCCCUGCGGACCCUGCAUCCCCAUCAUGCUGGCCCUGGCCUCCCUCGCCGCACUCUUCCUCCUAACCACAGCCGUGUUGGCCGAACGCCUGUUCCGUCGCUCUCUGCACUCGGACCCUGGCAACCACGCACCCACCCUGGUCUGGCGCCCUGGAGGAGAACUGUGGAUCGAGCCCAGGGGUACUGCCCGAGAGCGCUCAGAGGACUGGUAUGGCUCUGCAGUCCCCUUGCUCAUGGACCGGCCCCCAGACCCUCCCACCCCUGGGGGCACAUUGGAGGCCAGAGCCACAGCCCCACCUGUCCCUUUAGCCCCACUCACCCCUCCUGGCUCCUUGGCCCCCCAUACCCCACACAGGGCCCCAGCCUGCAACACCUUCUGGGGGCCCCAGGCGUCAGAGGAGAGGCCCUACGCCCCAGGCCUGGUAAGCUGGGCUGAGCCUGAACAGAGGCCAGAGGCCAACAUGCAUCUGGGGAGCCCCCAGGCCCAGAGGCAGCGACUAGGAAGCCCCGAUUUUGAGUGGGGCCUCCAGCCUCGGGUCACCCUGGAGCAGAUCUCAGCUUUCUGGAGGCGUGAAGGUCGGACCAGUGUGGGGUUCUGAAUCCCCAGGUCCUGGAGGACUGGCCUCCCAAAGACCCAUACAGAAGGCCCUACCUCAGAGAAGACCCUGAAGCUCCAGCCUAGGAGCCCAAGUUGAUACCUGGGUCCCCAGGGAAGAAUGCCCCCUACCCAUCCUCGGCCUUUUACAUCUGGAUUUCAACUCCCUGGAUCUGGGGCUGGGCAGUUUCCUGUGGACAGAGCUGGUGCUGCAGAGGAAGCCCAGAGGUGUGUGCCUUUGGCUGCCCCAGGCUGCAGAGAAUUGGAGGUGGGGCCCACUCUGGGCCAGAAGACACCAAAAUCACGUUGCAGAUUAAGAUCUCAAGGUACCAAAGAGGCAGAAAAUAGCAUCAUCAUAGGGGUUUCCGCCUUCCUUUGCUGUGCAGCUAAGAUGCUGGGGUUGGCGUGCAGGGUUCCCGUGGAUGCCGAGAAACAGGCCGAGUGUGGAUGCUAGCAGGAGAGGACAGGAAGUCAGCCUCUCAAAGCCACAGAUUGUGCCUCCAAGGAAACACAAGACCAGGCAAAGGAGCGUCUUACUACAUCUCAACUGUGCCUUUGACCCUCAACUUGCAACAGGGAACUUCAUCAGCCAAACUGGGGAGUUGCCUUCCUUGCCCAGACCCGGGACCUCGUAUCAACAGAGACCAGGGGCAGCCUUCCGAUCUUGACCCCUCCAGGGUGCAGGACACCAGCCAAGGAGACCUGAGUGCGAUCCAAUGUGGAAAGGAACGUUGUCCCAGGGCAGAGCACCAGCGUCUGGUCCUCUCCCUGGGACCUUGCUGGAUCAAUCCAGAGAGAUGGAUUUGCCCCAGGACACGCUUAUUUAUAACGCUCCACCCUUGUAGAAAUGGAGCCCAGGGAUGUCCUUGGCCCUAAAGCCAUCUGUAAGAGCUGACCUCCCCUCUGGGAGAGGAGCCAGGAGUGGGGAGAGGGGAAGUAGUUUCCAUUCCAUUCCUGGGGUUUGAUUUCCCAAACUUCAAUCAUGAACGUUAGGAUUUUUGCCAUAUCACUUAACCAUCUGUAUUUUUCUUUAAGAUGACUUACUAUUUGCUUAAUAAAUUUAUUUUAAAAGGAACCUUUUUUGUAUCACUUCUGCAAAUGGAAAACCAGUAUCACUUGCCAUAAAUAGAAGGUCCAACAUGAAAAUAAAUACAAGGUAAACAAA